AAACAAGGUAAAAAGGAUUGUGAAGCUGAGCAAGAGUAUGAACAAAGGAAGUAGAGAUGGGAACAUAAGGAGAAGAGCAGAACUUAUCCAACUUGUUGAUGAUCUCCACAAACAAUACCAGUCCCUCUAUGCUAAGUAUGAAAAUCUCAAAGGAGAAGUAAAGUAUAAUCUUUGUGCCAAAGCCGGGGACGAUGCUGCAUCUUCAUCUUCUUCAGUUUCAGAUUCCGAAGCAUAUCAUUCCCCGUGGCAGUUUGCUGGCGAAGGCAGCUCAUACUUUCCGAACACUACAAAUCACGAAAAUGCUAGUUUGGACUUGGAUUCAUUACCUGAUUCACCAACAUCUUCUGUCCAAGAACCAGAAUCUCGAGAUUUUUUCAAGGACUUGAACAAUCAAGGCACAGAAAAUAGCAUGACAGACAAGUUGAUAAAUAAAUCUGCCUGGUUGAAGGAGAAACUAACAGAAAAAGAAGAAGAUAUCUUGUCUCUUACCAAGAAAUACGAGGUUCACGAGAGUGAGAGAUUGGCUGAGAUAAAGACAUUAGAGGAUCAAAUUGCUAUGAUGAAGAUUGAGCUUGAAACCUCAUGUGUACAAAAGAAAGAACUUGGAGAGAAGAUUACGUGCAAGUCAAAUGAAUUUAAACAAAUGGAAGCAGCAUUUCAAGAUAAAUCAGAUCAAUUUUCUAAUCUUCUUACAAGAUUUGAGGAAAAUCAGACCAACUCAAAGUCGAAAAUUGAUGAUCUAAUGGCACAGGCAAAGUCUCUGCAGCAAGAGUUGGACUCUUUACAUACUGAAAGGAAUGAACAGCUCAAGUCCUUCAAAAAUCAGAAACGCGAGCUGGAGUUGUCACUGGAAAAGAAGUGCCACGAGGCAACUGUCGAAGUUAAGGAUUUAACCGAAAAGAUUAAGUUUCUGCAGCAAGAGCUGGAAGCCACGAGUCAUUGUAAAUCAGAAGUAGAAAUGUCACUCAAAGAUAAAAAUGAAGAACUAUCCGAAUGUCAUCUCCAGAUUGAAAAUCUAAAAGAGAAACUAACAAGUGCCUCUUUGAUUGAGAAGGAGACAUUAAAAGAGAAUGAAGGCUUACAAGUACAUGUAAAAGACUUGAAAUUGGAGGUAGACUCACUCUGCAGCCAAAAGAGUGACUUGGAAAAGCAGAUAAGGGAUAUAAACCGAGAAGCUUAUCGUUCACAGUUAGAAAAAGAGGAGCUAACUGAUAAGAUGAAAGAAUUGGAAACCAUACUAUUAGAGAAGAAACAAGAGCUGUCAACUCUUCAAAAGAAACAUGAGGUCUACGCGAAUGAUAUGUCCAAUAAGAAUUCAUCUAUGGAAACACGAAUCAACACUCUUCAGCAGCAGCUACGAACCGAGGAAACUGAAAAAGUUCUAGUGCAGUCACAGCUUGAGAAAGAGAAACAGAACUCUUACAAUAGCCUUACUCAUAUGGAAAAGAAAAACAUCGAAUUGACCAUGAAGAUCACAGAUCAGGAGAAGUCAAUAAGAGAAAAUGAAGAUAUUAUAAAGAAGCUGAAUGAGGAACAUAGACAAAUGAAGAUCAGGUUAGAAGAUUCCAAAUCAAAUUUGCAAAGUGCUGAAAGGAAAAUAGAAGAAAUGACCGAAGAUUUGCGUAAGAAGUUUGAAGAUGGUUUGAGAAUCUUGAGCAGGAGGAUCCGUGUGGCAGAACAAAUGCACCUUGAGAACAAGGAGUGGUAUCAAAAAACAAGAGACUCGUAUGAGAAAGAAAAUAAUGAUCUAAAAGAGAAAAAUGCAAGGCUACAAGUUGGGGUUCGAGGCAUUAAGGAUAUAACAUUGACAGCAAACGAUACGUUGGCUUCACUAGACACAGUAGCUCUAAAAUUUGAGGAGUGUACUGGUCAUUUCUUUAAUCGAAUGUCGAAGGUUUCUUGUGAGCUGAAAUUUGUAAAAGAUUGGGUUAUGAGGAAAAACAAAGCAAUAGUACAUGUACAAGAUGAUCUAGACUGCUUACUUGAACAGUUGGACGUCAAGGAAGCCGAGAUAUUAGUGUAUAGAGAGAAGGUUUGGAAAUCAGACAAUAAGGUUAGAGAAUUGGAGAAAAUGAUCAAGGAAAAAGAUGAUAGUACGUUGGCUCUCAAGGAGGAAAAGAGGGAAGCUAUUCGACAAUUAUGUAUCUGGAUUGAUUACCAUCGAAGUCGUUCUGUUUAUUACCAAAAAUCACUUUCUGUCUUUGGCAGCAGAAAGAACCUUUAGGAUUCUUCAUCAGUAUAUAGUUGUAUGUCUGUCGAAAAAUCAUGAUCAAGGUGGAACAACUUC